AUGGCUACCAUGGACUCGGCGGAGCCCGACCCCAGCAAGUUUAUGCCGAAUAGCACCUCGAGCAGUGAGCCUCAGGCGCUCACACUGCACUGGACGCUAGGCAUCAACAAGGAUGUUGUCGCGGGUGUGCACAACCUCUCGGAUUCAGAGUCCUCGGACAUGUUCUAUGCAGCCGCCCACACCGGCGUGAUCUUCGAUUACAACACUGGGGUGCAAAGGCUCUUGCAGGGGCAUGUCAACCCGAUCUCAGCUACCGCAGUGUCAAAAGACAAGAAGUGGAUAGUGACAGCAGACACGGGGCCCGACAGUAUGAUGGUCGUAUGGGAGCGGGAGUCAGGCACGCCCGUGAAAACUUUCUUCAACCCUCAUCCUUACGGGGUCCACGCGCUGGACAUAGCGCCAAAGCUUCAGUACCUCGUCACCUUGUCGGCCCCGAUCCCCAGCUCGGAUCCCCUCGCCUCCACUUCAGCACCCGACCAGAGCCGCACCACAGACCACGGGAAAAGCCAAAAAGAGGGCGAGCAGGAUUUCCAAACCAUCUCUGUGUGGGAUUGGCCAUCUGACAACGAUGGCCCCAUCUGCACUGCAGUGGGCACGCAGGAUGUGCAGACCUGUGUUUUGUUCAACGCGUGGGACACUCACGAAAUCGCCACGAACGGCAAGCGCCGGGUGUUUUUCUGGACCUGGGACGUUGAGCAGCCCUUCCAGUUCUAUUCGCCCGCAUUGGCACCUCGGGACUUCAAGCAGCGCAUCGGGGACUACACGCAGACCAUCUUCCUGCCAGAGUCGACCCAGGCGGCCACGGGCACCAUCGACGGUGAUGUGGUCAUCUGGGACCUGUCUCUCAUCGUAGAUGGUUUGAGCCGCCCGGAUGAGAGGAGAGCGGUGAAGAUCAUCAAGCUCUGCCCGGACGUGUCUCUGAAUGUUCUGCAGGUCCAUGAGAAGCCUUCGCGCGUGGUGAUCGGCACAGCCGACGGCGCCGUCCGCUUCUACGACUACCAGUUCCGAGUGCAGGCCUGGUUCGAGGACCUCCUGGCCGGCUCCGUGAAGUCCAUCUCCUUCGAGAGGGCCAGCGAAGAUGAGGACGAGCCAGCGGGCAGCAUGGGCGUGGGAGUGGAGGAUGAUUUCAAGUGCCCCAACUUCUUGGUGAGCACCGGCUCCGCUUUGGUGGUGAUGGUCGAGUCCAAGCUCUUCUAUGAGCUCUCGCCCGAGAAUCGGCGGGGUCGCCUGGUACUGCAAGGGCUUGACUCGCCCGUGCACGGACUUUGUUGCCAUCCGCAGCUGCCCUUGGUAGCAGUGUGUGGAUACUCCGGGUUCUUGCACAUGUGGAACUACAACACCAGGUCUCUGCACUUGGUGAAGAUCUUUGAGAAGCUCGUGCCCCACAUCCUUCAGUUUUCGCCCGAUGGGAAGCUCUUGGCAGUGGGCUUUACCAAUGGGCACUGCAAGCUGUUGAAGUCUACGGAUCUGUCCGAAGUCGUGUCCUUCCGCGACUCCAGGGAUUGUGUGACCCACAUCGCCUUCAGCUCGGAUGCUUGCCAUCUCGCCCUGGCCCAUGCGGACAGAUCUCUCUGCUUGUAUCGCUUCUCCCACCGGCCGAAUGACAAGAACUUCCCCAAGGAGUGGAUGUACUCCGCGAAGCACAAGUCUCACUGGCGGCCCAUCGUGGGGCUCUGCUUCUCGGGCCCGGAGUCCGAGAAGCUGCGGCUCUUCUCGGUGGGGGAGGACCGGCGGCUGGUGGAGUACAGCGUCAAGAGCUCCGAGUUCGGCGGGCUGCAGGUGGUGCAGCCGGACACCGUGGUGGAGCAGGAGGCCCGGCCCACGGGGUGCAUGUGGUAUCCCUACAGCGGGGGCAAGGGCGACAAUCAGAAGGUCCUCACCAUGAACGACGAGUACAAGUUCAAGAUCUGGAACACGGUGAACAGGUCCUGCCGCAAGACGGCUCUUGCACCAACCUAUGGUGGGCCCAUUACAAGGAUGACUCCUGUCUACUCAGAAGCGGACGGCGAGGACCAGUUCAUGCUCUACGCCACCCACGAGAAGGUCCUGGGACUUGUGCAGCUGCCCCUGGAUGGAAACCCCAACAAGUGCAUGGGGCUUAUUGCGCACCCAGGUCAGAUCGCAGCGAUUUCCGUAGACUACCAAGGCCAGUAUGCUUUCACAUGCGGUGGCAAUGACCUCACUGUGAAUCAGUGGCUCAUCGACCCUCAGCCUGUUGCCAAUGCAAGCGUCAUGGGUGGCACCGGCACCGAGCCCUUCGUCAAGCUCUUGGAUGGCGGGGAGGAUGGUGCCUUCUUCUGCGACAUGAAGGAUUACUUCUACUAUUCGCAGAUAAGAUCUCAGGACGAGAACACCACCAAGGCCCGGCUCCUGGACGGCAUGAUCCCGGUGGAGGAGAUCCCUCAUUUGAUGUGCGCCUUGGGCUACUUCCCCACGCAGCUGGAGAUCACCAACAUGACCAACGAGGUGAAGUACUCCAGGUUCGCGGAGACCGGGGAGUACGUGGACCGGAUCGGCUUCGAGGACCUGGUGAAGCUCUACGUGAACCACCGGCCUGUCUUCGCGGUGGGCCCGGAGCAGAUCAAGCAGGCCUUUGACGCUCUGCGCGAGGGGGGGGCGGGCCCCUCGCGGGACACCUUGCUGAACUUGCUGACCACCCACGGAGAGAAGGCUACCCUAGAAGAGCUGGAGCGGUGCUUGGAGGCACUUGUUGGGGACUCCUCCAUCAACCGGGUGCUGGACGAGGAGGUCGAUGCCCUGGACUUCGCGCAUAAUGUGCUGGGUCUGGCAGAUGCAGAGGCGGACGAGUCGCAGCAGGAGAUGCCGGCAGCAGAAGGCUCUGAGUGGGCGGGAAACACCACCCUGGCUUUCUCCACAGUGGCAGCGCAGUAG